UAUUAAGGAAUAUGUGCGAUGGUAUGUGUGGAAACUGGACAAGGAAGCAACGGGAUUCCGAUUUGAGGGCGAGACUUUGACAGAUAUUGGACUUGUCGUUUUGUAAUGGCCGAUCCCCAAUUGCCAGACCUUGAUGAGGGAUUGUGUCAAUUAGAGGAACACUUGAUAAAGUUGCUAGAACAAGAUGGAAUGGACAAGAAUCAAAGCCUUGACCAAGUCAAGACUGGUCCUUGGGAAGAACGGAGAGUACUUGAGAUGAUUUUGUUUGGAGACAUCAUCAGGAGUAUGGCUACGAGCGCGGGGGUUAUUCUGGAUAAGGCCCAAAGAAUUGUGGCGGAGCAGAAAAGAAAGUUGGAGGAGAGGCUAGAGAGGCUCCAGGACUCUCGAACGUCCAAGCGAGAACAUAACAGUUCGACGCAAGAUGACAUCGAUUAUCACAGCUUCCUCCUCACCAGGAACGAGUUCCGCAAAUUCCAAGCACAGCUGCAGAUGAUACACGAAGACUUCGCAAAAGCCAAACCCAUCAGGAACGACUGGCUCAAUCGAGAGAACGAUCGUCAAGCCGAACAACUCCGAUGGACUUUCAGCGACUCUCGUCGCUGAAGGUCAAAACUGAAUAAGUCACUGGUUGCGAACCAUCGGGCUAUCCAUAAUCUGGAGCACAACCUCACGGAAAUUUCUGUUCUUGCAGAAUCAAUCACGAAAGAGCUCGAGUACGUGGGCAGCUUUCUCGAGAUCAUGGUCAAUGAACAAAACCGACAGAGCAAUAAUGAUGUCCGGCUAUUCAGAUACACCACUGCCAUCUUCUUGCCUCUAGGGUUUGCAACAGGCAUGUUCAGUAUGAGCGGGACGCUUGAUGCACAAACUGUUGGUAGCAUGUUUGGACUGUUCGUUGGAGUGUUGGUCGUGGGUACAUUGAGAAUUCUUUCUGUGACAAAGAAGUUCAACUUUUAGGAUCUGGUCGGGUCGCAGCGUUGGAAGG